AUCCCAGUCAUUGCAGCGGCAGUGAGAAAGAGACACUUGUACCUUGUUGAGCUCGUGUGGCAGUGAGAGGAGACCACCACCAAGGAUCUAGCCGUAGAUUUUCCCUUACUACCGGGACGAAAAUGUCUGACCAUGCCACCUCUGCCGCGGAGGAAAAUAGUUCCGCUUCGUACAAUGACGGCACGGCGGAGGCGCCAUCCGGAAUGAGCGCAGUGGUGAAAAAGAAGAGAAAGGAGGAGGAAGGAAGAAUGGGAGAAGAAGCACAAACAGGAAGUUCGCUUACUACCGGAACGAAAAUGUCUGACCACAUCAUCUCUGCCGCGAAGGGAACGUGUUCUGCUUUAUACAGUGUCAGCAAGGUGGUGGCAGCUUCCACACUGAGCGUAGUGGCCAAGUCGGGUUCCGCUGUAUACAGUGUCGGCACGGUGGCGGCGGCUUCUGGACAAAGCGUAGUGGCCGCAUCGGGUUCUGCUUCGUACAAUGCCGGCACGGAGGAGGCGGCUUCCGGAGAGAGCGCAGUGGUCAAGUCGAAAAGAAAGGAGGAGGAAGGAAGAAUGGGAGAAGAAGCACAAACAGGAAGUUCGCUUACUACCGGAACGAAAAUGUCUGACCACAUCAUCUCUGCCGCGAAGGGAACGUGUUCUGCUUUAUACAGUAUCAGCAAGGUGGUGGCAGCUUCCACACUGAGCGUAGUGGUCAAGUCGUGUUCUGCUUUAUACAGUGUCAGCAAGGUGGUGGCAGCUUCCACACUGAGCGUAGUGGCCAAGUCGGGUUCUGCUGUAUACAGUGUCUGCAAGGUGGCGGCGGCUUCUGGACGGAGCGUAGAGGCCGCAUCGUUGCCGUACUUACGCAUAACAGGAAAGAAAACGACUACAUAUUCAAGUUUUGCCUCGGAGGGGACGGACCAAUUGGGCUCCGCUGCAUGUCCGGUCGUCGUGCGUCCCCACAAAGACGCCAAUAACUUUGAACUCCGGGACGAGAAUUUGCUACUUCUUCUCACCAACAGCGAUGUUGCAGACCUGCCUGUGGUGGUAUUGUCAGUCGCAGGGGGCUUCCGACUCGGAAAGUCCUUCCUUCUCGGCUUCUGCAUCAGGUACCUGAAGCACCUAGAGAUGUCGUCAGACCGAUCAGAUUGGAUGGACGAGGAGAAUAUACCCUUGACGGGCUUUUCUUGGAAGUACGGCAGCGAAAGAGAGACGACUGGUAUCCAGCUGUGGGGAAAAGUUUUCAAAAUCAUGACACGACAACAUGGACUCGUGGCUGUCGUUCUGAUGGACACGGAAUGUUCAUUCGACAACAGGUUCACGAUGGAAGGAAAUGUCACAGUUUUCUCAUUGAGCAUGCUACUGAGUUCUGUCCAAGUGUACAACCUGACCAAACAAAUAACCCAAUCCGACUUGGAACACCUGAAGCUGUUUACGGAGUAUGCUAGCAUGGCUAGAAGUGCUGGCGGCCGGGACAAAGAAGUGUUCCAGAAGCUCCUGUUUCUCAUUCGUGACUGGCAAUAUCCCGGAGAGAAGUCGUUCGGACUGGAAGGAGGAGAAGCGCUGCUUCAGCCUUUCCUUCAAAGGGACCCCACACUGCAAAAUGAAGUAUCCGAACUACGUGAAAACAUCCGAAACAGCUUCAGCGAAGUGAAAUGUUUCCUUAUGCCUAGACCUGGUGACGCGGUGGAGAACACGGAAUUCGACGGAAAACUUCGUGAUAUAUCUCGAGAUUGCAAGUAUCACUUGAAGAACCUCCUGUCUUACCUUCUUUCACCUGAAAGGCUGGUUCCGAAAAAGAUCAAUGGAAGAAUUGUCACGUGCGAGGAGCUCGUGUGCAUGUUUCAGGCUUAUUUCACUGUCUUCAACGAGAAGGAGCUCCCUCAACCCAGGUCCGUCUUCAACGCGACUGCAUUUGUCCACAACAAGCGAAUCAAUGACGAAAUCGUGAAAAAAUAUGAAACCGCCAUGGAAGGGGUAAGUCACUUAUUGAUAUAUUUCUCUCACCGGAACAUAUUUCUGUCAACCACUUAA